AACCAUAUCAAGAAGAAGAAACGUUCAAGGCCGAAAACACGGAAAUCUGCUGACAAAGAGCAAGUUAGUGAGCUUGACUGUUUGAAAGGUUCUCCGUUGCCCCCAUCUAAUCCUUCAACACAACAUCCUCUGUUGAUGGCCACUGACAAUAACUCAUUUCUGCAAUACAAAAAAUGGGAUGUAUCCAGCGGAGAAGGGGAGUCAGACCUUGAAGAUGCCUUCCAACUUCCAGAGCCUGAACAUAAUGAGAAAGAACCCCAAGUGACUAAGGUGAAACCUGAGGUGCAAGUCACGACUUGGUUUGAUGAAAGCAAAGACGUGUAUAAUAGUUCUAAAAUGUCAAAACGUCUUUCCUGUGGAAUGGAGACAAACGUGGACGUUACAACAUUUGAAGCUGGGAAGACACAACAUACAAGAAAUCCUUUCUAUCAGAAGAUGAAAUCAGCAGAUGAAUUGAAGCGACUAAUGACCAAGAUGCCUGAACGGUACAAGCGAUGUAGGCUUGAACUAGAGUCACCUCACAAGGCUGUGUGUAAGGUAUUGACCGGAUCUGAAACCUACCGUGAGAUAGAGAUUCAUGGGAGAUCUAAGUGUGGACAAACCUUCAACAAUGAUGAGGUGUGCGUAGAGGUAUUGGCAAACCCAGUUUCUGACCAACGGACAUACAGGAAUACACAAAAAAAAGAUUCCAAAGUUUAUGGACAGGUCAUUGGUGUCCUGAAGAGUAACUUCAGGGAUCAGAGUCACCCUGUCAUGGCCUGUACUUGUGAUCAUGAUGAAGGAUUCUUGAUGCGCCCCCUUUGUCGAACAGUACUAAAGAUGCAUGCCCUAAAUGGAGUAACUAAGAAACAUCACCCUUCACUGUCAAAGCAUAGAAUUGAUAUGUAUGAAAUCAAUGAGAAGGGACAUAUUCAUUUUAAGACAUAUUUUGAUGUGAAGCCAGAGAUGAAAGAAAAAUAUGUUUUCCUUGUCAUCUAUCUAACGUGGGGCAUACAUCACGUGUAUCCUCUGGGUGCAGUGGUAGACGUCUUGGACUGCGGUACUGACUUUCAUGGAGGUCUCAAAAUAUUGGAAAUGCAAUACAAGGUUCCAACAAUAUAUCCCCAAGACACAGUUGCUCAUAUUGGUAAUAUUCUGGAGAAGAGAGAAACGGUUACUGCUGAUGGCAGAGUCGACCGCACAGGGCUUGAAGUUUUCACAAUAGAUCCUGCACAUUCAAAAGAUUUAGAUGAUGCUUUGAGUAUCUCUGCAACAGAUGAUCACUAUCUGAUUGGAGUCCAUAUUGCUGAUGUUGCGGCAGUGGUGAAGAAAGGGGACCCAGUUGACAGAGAGGCACAGGAAAGAGCAACAAGCUUCUACCCAUGUGAGUCUAGAACUCACAACAUGCUACCUGAACCAUUGAGUGAGGGCUUGUGUAGUCUGCUACCACAUGAAGAAAAACUUGCAUUGUCAAUUUUCUUUCACAUGGAAAAAUCAGGAAAACUUGUGAAAGAACCAACAGUCAUGAAAACAAUUAUUAAAUCAUCCUGCAAGUUGUCAUACGAAGAUGCCCAGAAAAUUAUUGAAAAUGGGAAGGAUCAUGUUUCACAAAGUCUUAAAGACAAUAUCAAACUGCUACAUGAAAUUGCUCAGACUUUGAGAAAGGACAGACUGAAUGAUUCCAGGUUUGCAGUUCCAUUUGAAGAUCCAAGAUUUAUUGAGACUGAAAUCAUAGAGCAGAAUAUGGAGGCUCAUGCUCUGGUAGAAGAGUUUAUGAUCAAAGCCAAUACAUCCGUUGCUCACUGGCUGAGAAAGAAGUUCCCACAUUCAAUCCCCAUCAGAUGUCAGUCUCAACCAUCAACUGAGGAUGUCCAGAAAUUUGUCCAAAGUGAAGAGAAGUUCCUGGACCUUGUGGUGAACCUUCAGGGACGAGAAAUCUUACCUGGGAGGAGGGUCGCAUCCAAGAACUGGGUAGCCAAGGGCAACACUGUGAGAAAAGAGCCUUUGCCAAUCCAGAGGAACAUCUGGCUUCAGAUUCUUGAUGGAGUUCACAAUGAAACAUUAGACAAAACGGUAAGGAAUAUGUGCAAAGAUGAGGUCCAUCCUUUUCAAGCCAUUGCUCUUCAACACUGGCAUUGCAUCAUGGAAUCUGCAGAAUACAAAUGUUCAAUGCUGUCUGAAAAAGAGCUGAGCCACUUCUCUCUGAAUACCAAAAUGUACACACAUUUCACAUCCCCUAUCCGGAGAUAUGUGGACCUGGUUGUACACAGGCUGGUACAUGCAGCUCUGGAGGGUACAUCCUGUCCCUACUCACCCUCAGAAAUAACUGACUUGUGUGUCCAUAUCAACGAUGCCACCUCCAGACAGAAACACUUUAGCAAUGGAUGCCAAGCUUUGAGGAGAGCUGCAAAGAUGUCAGAGAGGCCAAUGGUGUUCAAUGCUGUGGUGGAAAAGGUCACAGAUAGUGGAGCACAACUCUGUAUUCCAUCCUUGAAGCAUAUCUCAAGCAGAAGCAAGGAAUUACCCUUCAACUUGAUGGACUUCAGUAAGAAGCCAGAGGAGAUACAAGAUCCUUGGUCUACAAAGGCAAUCAUCACUGGAAAAUGGAAGAAAAGGCUGUAUGACUGUACUGGAUGCCCAAGCCAGCUGACAUAUUCUAAGAUGCUAGAAAAGCAGCAAGGGUCCAAACAGAAACGACCCAAACCAGUUGUGUCUGUUGUUGAUCCUAAUCAGCAUGUGUACUUUGUGGACACACAGACGUGGGCAAAGAUGUUGAAUGCAUUGUUCAACCAGGACCUUAAAGCAUUGAAGAAAAUAGUCAACAGUCAACCCCAAGAUGGACAACAAUUGCCUUCCGGAGCACCAGUGAGAGACAUGGUCACCUCAGAGUAUGGAGAUGGUUCCAUCAAGUUUCAACAGUGCAAGUUCACACUGUGCUUUACACCUGGACGUGUCAUCAAAGUGCAGAUGGUUGCUAAUCCAGAGAAAGGUUUGCUCACUCCACAAGUGAGAUUGUUUCAUGUUUGCAAGAAUCUCAGUCUGUGUCUCAGUCACAUAGAAGACCCAGUCGGAGUGUUGAGCAAGUAUGCCACUGAGUCAACAAACAGAACCUUUGAAUCAGUUGUUGAAUAUCAGCGGACAUGGCUGCCCCUUCUAGAGAUGAAUGCUGCCAUGACUGCUGCUACCAGUGAAGAAAAUGUUAUCAUAAACAAUGUCGCUAUCGACUUCACACUGGAAGUUUCACGCUUCAAGGAAACUUUAUGCGAAGAAGAGGGAAAGAAGACAGAUUCAGAUCGUGUGGAUAUCACAUUCAGCCUGAAUUCAAACAGUGGUCAUGUUCCAGAGUGCCUACUAAGUAAGGCUUCAGGCACGGUAGAGAUUAUCAUGAAGUCAGAGGUUGACAGGCGUACAAUGACAAUGCUUCAGGAAUUGGGCAACGAGGACUAUGAUUUGGCAGAGGCUAUUGCGCUGGGUGGAUCGUUGCCAAAACUAGAGAACGAGCGGUUAAAAGCCGGCUGUGAAAUUGAAAAGGAAAUCCCUCCCGGAUUUCUUCCUCCCAACAAUCAUAAGCAAAAGGAUGCCAUUUCUCAAGCCCUCACUUCCAGUUUCUCACUUAUACAAGGACCACCAGGGACUGGCAAAACAUACACAGGCAUAAAGCUGAUAUACCUGUUUGAGAGGAUUAACAAGAAUAUGCACCAGGAAGGAAAAGACAUGAAGAAGAAACAGGUGCUCUUCUGUGGACCUUCCAACAAGGCUGUGGAUCUGGUUGGACGUUUACUUAUUAAACGACUAGCGCACAUCUGCCCUCAAAUCAUCCGAGUAUAUGGACAGAACAUCGUGUCUCAAGAUUACCCUGUGCCAAAACGUAACUUUUUGUCAAGGAAAAGUCUCCAUGGAUUAAAUUCAGACAAAAGGUUGCGUAACAUAUCUCUUCAUCACAGGAUUAGACAGCAAGACAAACCCUAUGCAAACGAAAUCAAGAAGUUUGACUCGUUUUUCCUAAACAAUUACAAUGAUGUCACAUCUGACCACAUAAAACGUUACAGCGAACUCAUUUUCAAAGCGUCUUGUGAAGAGCUCGAGAAAUGCGAUGUUAUCUUGAGCACAUGCGCAGUUGGAGGCAACAUGAAGAUUAUUACAUCUGCCAAUGUUUUCCAAGUAAUAAUUGACGAGUCUGCGAUGAGCACCGAACCACAGACCAUGGUGCCCAUUAUUGCAACAAAGGCCAAGCAGGUUGUUUUGAUUGGAGACCACAAGCAACUGCGUCCUAUUGUACAGUGCAAAGCGGCUGCUGAUCUGGGCCUGAACCGAUCGCUGUUUGAACGGUAUGCUUCUCAAGCUGUAUUCCUGGACACCCAGUACCGUAUGCACCCAAAGAUCUGCCAGAUCCCAUCCGACAUAUUCUACGAAGAGGGAUUAAGGACAGGCAGUUCUCAGAUGUGGCGGAUUGAUACACCUCUGAGACUGUGGCCGGUAUUUGAUGUUCCAUAUCUGCUGUGGCACGUUGAGGGUACAGAGCAUGUUUUGAGCGUGUCCGCAGAAGAGGGAAACGAACAGUCAAGAUCCAACUCAGCUGAAGUUGACAUCGUGGAGGAAGUAUUCAGUUGGCUUACAGGAAAGGAGAAGAUCGACCCUACUGCCAUCAAUGUCAUGUCUCAGUACAACGCGCAGUGUUCAAGGAUCAGGGAGAAACUGACACUUUACCAUUCAGUUUUCAAUGUGAACACAGUUGUUGCAAGUCAAGGAGGUGAAUGGGACUAUGUGAUAUUCAGCACAGUAAGGUCACUUCCUCCGUACAAGAUAGAAAGACGCCCUACUCUUGGUUGGUGCAGGCAGAAUCUAGGCUUCAUAACUGACGCUAACCAGGUGAACGUGGCACUCACACGAGCCAGGAAAGGGCUGAUCAUCAUAGGAAACGUGAAUCUGUUGCGGACUGAUGAUGUCUUUAAACAAGUGAUAGCAAGAUAUGAGGCUCAGGGAUGUGUUGUUGAAGGCCAGCGCUGCCCACCCGCGAGGCGUCAACGUCUCUUCUGAUAACAAGACAUGAGGCUCAGGGACAACGCUGCCCGCUUGUUCCUUCUUGAAGGAAACCUUAACUGAGAAGCCUAACAACCGUGUGUAGGCAAUCCUGACGAGGAUGAACUUUAUGUGAUAAACAUCAGUUCAGAUCUAUUACAUUACAAUAAUUAGUAUUGUCAUAGUUUACUGUUAACUAACUUAUGUCCAUCUGUAUUCACUUGUAUUGUUAGUUAUGGAGAAAGGAGAAAUCUUAAAAUGAACUUGAUUUUUCGUAACUGUGUCUUCUAACUGCUGUCAGAAUAGGAUAUGAACAUCAGAAUAUGUUUUGGUUGUUGACUGGUUCUGACCAAAUAUCUCAGCCAAUCAGCAUGACGAUAGACCUGUUGUUGACGGGUUGAGACCAAAUAUCUCAGCCAUCAACAUUAUAUUGACAUCUGGCGUCAUUUCAGAUUUGUUUAGCUUGGAUUUUUAUGCGCUCUUUUAUAUGAUCUUUAUGUGAAUGUAUGUAUUUCUAUUUAAUAAAAUAAAGUGUUUAA